CGAGGGUUAUUUAAAGAGGCUCUUCGGCCGGGAGCCGCGGUUCUGAGUUCCUGCACGCCUCGCCUCUCAUCACACCAUGGUGGACGCCUUUGUCGGCACCUGGAAGCUAGUGGACAGCAAGAAUUUUGAUGACUACAUGAAGUCACUCGGUGUGGGCUUUGCCACCAGACAGGUGGCUAGCAUGACCAAGCCUACCACGAUCAUCGAGAAGAACGGGGAUAAUAUAGUCAUAAAGACACACAGCACCUUCAAGAACACAGAGAUCAGCUUCCAGCUGGGAGUGCAGUUUGAUGAGGUAACGGCAGACGACAGGAAGGUCAAGUCGAUCGUGACACUGGAUGGAGGCAAACUUGUCCAUGUGCAGAAGUGGGAUGGCCAGGAGACUACGCUGACAAGGGAGCUAUGCGAUGGGAAACUCAUCCUGACACUCACCCAUGGCAAUGUGGUGAGCACCCGAACAUACGAGAAGGAGGCGUGACACCUCUGCACCGCGCUGACUAUUCCUCUGCCAGCUGGCUACCCCUCGACUCAGCACCAUGUUGCCUCAUUUUUUUCCUCUGGUGUUUUGUAUAAAUACACUUCGGUUGGGAUUUUUCUGGAGAUUGGGGCACCAGCCUGGAUCCCAGUUCCCAUUGUGUAUGUGGUUUGUUUUUUAAAACUGUAUCCAAAGGGUGCUCUGAGGUCAAUAAAGCAGAACCAAGGCCACCCA